CCGCCCCGGAGGUGGGGGCGCCGCGCGGGGCCCCGGGUGCCAUGGAGGAGCCGCCGCCGCCGCCGCCGCCCGCCUGAUCCCUGAGGCUGCCGGCACCGAGACAAAGCGCGGGGCUGCCCGCCGCGCCCGCCCGGCCGAGCCAUGGUGGAGCCGCCGGCUGAGCCUCCCCCGCAGCCCUGCCCGGCGCCCGGGGGGGCAGCGGCGGCGGCGGCGGGGGGAGAGCCGGCCCGGCCCGGGGAGCAGUCGCCGCUGCUGCACCUGGACCUGUACAACUUCGACUGCGCGGCGGCGGAGGGCAGCCGGUACGUGCUGACCAGCCCGCGCUCGCUGGAGGCCUGCGCCCGCUGCGCCGUGCGGCCGGUGGAGCUGCUGCCGCGGGCGCUGGGGGAACUGCUGCGGGAGGCCCCCGGGCGCUCCAUGCGGGUGGCCGCCGGCCUCUACGAGGCCUACGAGCGGGAGCGCCGCCGCAAGCUGCAGCAGUGCCGGGACGAGCGGGAGAGGAUUAUCCGGGAGGAGAAGAGGCGGAUCCUCGCGCCCCUCGGCAGCCUGCCGCCCUCGCCCGCCGCCCGCGCCGCCCCCCGGGCCGCCGCCGCCGCCGCCGCCUCCGCCGCCGGCGGGCCCCGGCCCCAUGGCGGGGGGAAGGCCGGGGCGGCGGGGGGCGCCAAGGCCAAGAGCCACUCCCUGGACUCGCUGCAGAAGCGCCGUGAGGGCAGCUGGGGCAAGACCUCCUCCGAGUCGGGGGCCUCGUCCUCCUACAGCGGGGAGAGCCUGCGGGAGCACGGGGGCAAGGGGGGCGGCCGGGGCCGGGGGGCGGCCGGCGCCGCCGCGGCCGCCGGCUCCCUGCUGGGGCGCAGCUUCAGCCUGGGCGACCUCAGCCACUCGCCGCAGACUGCGCAGAGGGUGGAGAGGAUCGUCAGGGAGGUGAGGAGGAGGAAGGGCCUCUCCGAGGUGCCCGAGAGGGACAAGAAGAUCGCGGCGCUGAUGAUCGCCAAGCACCAGGAGGCCAGCCUGCUGCGGGAGCAGCGGCAGGCCGCCCACCUGCAGUGGGACAGCCAGCGGCGCCUGGCGGAGCGGCGGAAGGAGCAGGAGGAGAAGGAGAAGCAGAGGGCCCUCCUGCAGGGCCAGCGCAUGUGGGAGAGCCAGGUGGAGAAGCGUCGCGGGAGGCUGAGCCAGGAGCAGGAGGAAGCCGCCCUGCUGAAGCAGAGGCAGCGCCUGGUGUGCGAGGAGAGGUGGCGGGAGCAAGCGGAGAAGCAGGAGCGGCUGCGGAGGGAGAGGCUGGAGAGGGCCGUCCAGGAGGACAAGCAGAAGAAGCUCCAUCAGGAGCACAACCUGAAGGCGAAGGAGGAGGGCAAGAAGGAGCACCGGGAGCGAGAGGAGCAGCUCCUGCAAGAGAAGCUGUCCACCGCCGCGCAGAAGAGGCUGAAGAAGGAGGUGCAGCUGCAGAAGGAGAAGAAACUGCUCAACCAGGCGGAGAAGCUGAAGCACGAGGCCUUGCUCAAGGAACUGGCCAAGCAAGAGGCUGAAGAAAAGGAGAUGCUGAAGGCCUCCCUGGAGAUGAGUUUGACGAAGGCUCAGGAGAACUACGAGCAGCUAGUGGAGAAGAGGAACCAGGUGCUGAGGGAGAAGGCCAGGCGGGAGGACAUGCAGAUCCAGAGAGCCAAACUGGCAGCAGAGAAGAAGGAAAGAGAGCAGAAGGAGCACUUGGAGGCCCUGGCCAGGGAGACGGAGAGAAAGCUCCAGCAUGCUGCCCAGGUGGCCGAAGAGGUCGUCCAAGAAAAAGCCCGCAAGGUGGUCUUGAGCCGUCUGGAGAAGGAGAAAGUGCAGAAGAUGAACAAGCAAAAGGUGGAACAGUACGAGGACUUACGGCGCAGGGAGAUCCUCCUCUCUAUAGAGAGGAAGCUGGAGAGGAGCGAGCAGAUCUUCAAGGAGAAGAAGACUGUCUUGGAAAAUGCCAGGUCUGUCGCUCGGGCAUCCUUCCAUGUCCGGGAAAAGGUACGGGAGGAGACGAACAUGCGCACCUUUGACAAGAUGGCCUUGGAAGCAGAACUGCAUGCCCACCUGAAUAAGAAAUGAAAGACUUUGUCAUGGAUGAGUGGAGAUACAUCACUAGUUGUCCAUCAUGAUGCAUCAGAAAGCUCCUCCACGUUAACAUUUAAAAAGCAACAACAACCGACAACCGCCCUAAUUUCUUAUUUUGGGGGAGCAGGGUACCGCACAAAAACGUGGCAGCUAUUUCACAUACUGUUUAAAAUAUGUUUUUGUUCUGGGUGUGUUUUAAGGACUGACCUCAGUCAUCUUUAUGGAGGGGAAGCGAGUUUUUGUGUCCUCCACCCCACAAGCACACGCAUCUUCUCAGAGAGGGCCGCAAAAGAAGUCUGCUUGAAGCCUGUGAGUUACCGAUUGAUUGUCUACACUGGAGCUGAUUACAACUGCACUCUUCUCAGUUGGAAAUGCAGACAACACAGACUACUGAUUGCUAGAGCCUACUGAGUAAGAACCAUAACCACCCCAGCUGAUUCUGGCUUGAGUGACAGGCGGCUUGGUUUAAGUUACGGGACUGCAUUUUCAAAGCCACUGCGCUCCCAUGCCGAAGGUGAGGAGGGCUGGAGUAGAGAACGCCGUGUGCCCCUCGGUGCCCCUCACCCGCUGCUGGUGCCGAGCUAGAGAAAGCACAGAUCAAGACUUCGUAACACCAUGUAAGUAGACGUUAUGAUCAGAGCUGGGCAGAAGCUGUUAGAAGUGCUCACAAAUACAAUUUCACUUUUGCCAUUUGCAACUGUUGCCCUGCCUGGUUUUAUCCUCACCCCUCCUUCUCCUUUCCAAGUUUCUCUUGCAAACAUUUGUACAAUUUAUUAUUUUCUCUCGGAGGGGGAGAGAGGAGAGAAGUUUGUGGGCGAUCUACAAACUGACAGGCACCCACGCAACCCACUUGUUCAUUAAGAUACACAACCCACUUGUUCAUUAAGAUACAUGAAUGAACCUGUGGAAACUGGCCUUUGUGGCAAACAUGCGGAUCCAUUUGUAAAUGGAAAUCUGCAAACAGAUUGCAUGGAGAAAUUGCCACCCUUGAGAGUUCUCAAAACUUGAGGAGACCCUUGGCAACCUUAUCCAAUUUGGCCUGCCUUGAGCAGGAGGUUGGACCAGGUGUGCUCCGUAGGUCCUCUCCAACCUAAUGGUUCUGUGAGUUGCUUGCAAUGAGACAUUCACCCAGCUCUUAUCAUCGUCUACUGAGCAGGGCAGCAUUUGUCUGUCCACUGGUGCUAACAGUUGUAUUCUUAUAGAGGGCAUAAAAAAGAGUAGAUGCACAAAAUAAGGUACAUGACAGAUUCUCUUAGAUGAGGAUCAUGGCUUUUUUAUAACUAACUCGGUACCAUUUAGAGGUAACUGAGUCCUUCUGCCGUUAAUGCACUGGAAAUGUGAAAAGCCUACCUAUGCCCCAUGUACAGCAUUCAAGACAGACAGUGUUCUGCUCCAGGUUUCCAUGUUUACUCUCUGCUGGGUUGCAGUUAUGAGCACGCAUCCAAACCAGGCACUUUCUGCUGGUUUUUUUCUGGCUCUGGGCAGCGCCCAGCUCUCUAUUCCACCACCCAUGAUGCCUGGAUGGCAUCAGACCUGGAACGUGGAGGAGAAGCAGCAAGAACAGCCUGGAUCUUGCUUCCUUGCGGAUGUCUCUGACAAAAAACACAGCGGAAGAGAAAACCAGAAGAAGGUUGACAUAUGGCACAGGCAUGCAGUCCUGCACGCAUAGAUUACUUACCAGAGUUUCCUCGGAGGUGACAGCGGGUAAAAAAACCUCUCUAAGGAAGGUGUUAAGUGAACAGCAGCAACAACAGUAGACCAAGCACAACCUGGUACCCUGCAAGGCUUGGAGACAUUGUACAAACAGUGUUGAAAAUUAAGCGAGUAGGGAUUUUCUUUGAUUUUGAUGGAACUUGCUCUUCUUUGAAUCACGGUACAAUUGGUGCUGUUGAGGGCAGGCAGCAUGAAAGUAGGAAGUAGGGCACCUGAAUGAUGUUUGCUCUGUCAAUCAUUGGCUCACUGUGUAACGCCAGGCAAGUCCUCAGGGGCUGGGCUUGCUCCUAUUGAUAUAAAGGGAAGCAGAGUCAGGCUCUUGGGAUUGCUGGGACUUGCCGGAAAUAGUAACACUCAGCUUGGCAGAACGCUUCAAAGACUUCGGACAAAUGAUGCUAACAAAGCACAAAGUACUAUUUAUUUAUUUAUUUAUUUAUUUAUUUAUUUAUUUAUUUAUUUGAGUGGUUAUUAAAGUAAAACAUAUCCAUUGGUGAAAAGCACUAAUUAACACGAAAAUCUAAAAAUAUGGGUAGCUGUGUUACUGUUUCCAGCUGUGUUACUGUUUCCAGCUAGGAGUCUGUCCCCUCACCCUGGUCCUCAAAACAGCGAUCAGUUUGAACAGUGAAACCAAUCCUGCUGUAACACCGGACAAGGUCCUUGAUAAAAAACAGUCAUCGUCACGUGUUGUUUGUACCGCAGUGGUCCAUGUGUGCUGUCGUAGCUGCAAAGACCUAGAAAAGAGAUGCCCAGUGGCCCAAAUCCAGCCUGCACAAAACUUCCUUGCUCCCUGGCAGCACUAGAGUUGGGAUAAAACCUGCAGUGAGUCCAGCAUAGCCAACAUGUCACCUUGUUUGUAGCCUUUGGGGAUGCAGAGAAAGCCUGCCAGCAUGGAUGUGAGGGCUCUUGCUCCCCGCGUCAUCACGCUGUGGUUGAAGUUCACUGCUCGAUCCAUUUAGCAGAGGGCAAAUGGGGAGAGCUGGGAAACAGUGAAAAGAAGGCAAAAUGUGGUGGACAAAUGAGCAGACACAGUCUCUAACUGGAACAGCAGUUUUUCCCUAAAGGUCUACUGCUAUCUACCUGAAGGCUUUGUCCAAACCUCCCUCUGAUGGGGCAUUUCCAGUGUGGACUGAGAACAUUUUACGGCCCAGCAGAUGUGUCUUGGCCACCGACUGUAAUUACACCUGGGGUCCAUCUCGUGCUGCUGACUGAGUUUGACACCUUGGGGCUACAGCCGAACUAAUUAAAACACACCUAUGUGGUGGUAAUUGGAUUGGCAAACUACUGUUCCUAUACCAUGCAGUGUGCAGCUCAAGUUUUGAAUGUGCAAUCUAAGAAAAAAAUAUUUUUUUUUCAAAAGACAUUAAUCUGUGUAUGGAUAUUUUUUAUUUCUGUAGUGGUGCCAGUCCAAAGUCUGUGAAAGUCAAUGGAGUUUAUAAGUUGUUUAAAAUUGUGGCAUGGAAAGCUAAGUCAGCAAGUUGGGUGGAGGCGUGAGAGGUAUUUCUUGGGUCUGCUUAUGCUUCUGUUUAUUUGAGAAGGAGUUUUACUGGUGGAUUUCUGUGGGAACAGAAAUUAAACCCUGGGACACAUGUAAAAAGUA